AAGCCUAUAUCCGUAUCCGAAAACGAAUUAAUCAUUUAAUUUUUUCCUCUCUGUGAGAAAACUUCGGGCAUAUUCAGAAUAACUUACAUAAUAUAUAUUUUUCAUCACUUUUGAAGAGUUUUUAUUUUAACACCUGAAUACAAACGCUGCAACAAUGGCAGAUAUCAAAUUUCCACCAAAAUGCGAACCGAUUAGUCGGAAUUUCGAUGAAGCUUUCCUCGAAGAUCAUUUGACGAGCAUUUUCUACUAUUUUACAAGCUUUUCACAUGAUACUGACUACAUUGUGGAGUAUUACAACCUUUGGGCAGAAUUAAAUGAAAUCGGAAAAAUGGAAAAUUCAGUAGUUGUUCCGGUCUUAGCGACUUGCACCGCAACGGAGAUAUUAAGAAACUGGAUAGAAACUUUUGGGCACGUAGAACGAAAAUAUGCAGACAACUUUUUUGAUCUUUAUAGAAAUGUUACAAAACAUCUCAAAAGAAUCGAUCAGAAUUCUCGAAACUACAUGUGGAAAUACAAUCUACUUCAAGUUUGGGCCGAAAAAGCAUUAUUCCGUUUAGACGUAAUUAAUCGUCGAAUGAAUGAAACCGUAGUUGACCAAUUGUUCGCUAAAAUGGUUCAGAUAUUGUUAGAAUUAGGAUCACGUUGGGACAAUCCGGACAAGAUGAUGGAAUUUAUUCGGAAAGGUCUUGAACAAAUGGUUCAGUCAUCGGCGAAACUAGGAAGAUCGGCAUUGAAAGAACUCCUUAUGCCACUUUUAACUGGAAACUCAUCAAUGCGUCUUUCAAUUAAAGGAUGCAUAUCACAUUUAACUGUUCGGCAAUGCCAAUUCUUGUGUUCGCUUAUUAGCCGAAAAAUUUUACUGAAUCACAGAUGUGAACUCUUCGAUGGGUUAGAACUACGUAUGGCCGAAAAGCUCCUACUUAUUAUAAAUAAUUUUGAAGUAUUCGAACCACUGAUUCUCGUAGCCACAAAGGCGUCUCUGAACUGUUUUCAUCGUGAUCACGAGCGUGUCUUACGUAUCUUAUGUGUACUACUCAUUCGUUACACAGGGAAAUAUCAAAAUGUCCCAUGGGAAAAUAUUGAAUUAGACACUAGAAAAAAAAUUCAAUUGAUGGUAUCGCGAUUAAAAUCGGCCAUGAUCAACUCGUACUCCAAGUUCUACCCAGGCAUACUUCUGGCAUAUGGGACCAGAUUACUAUAUUAUGCACCAAAUAUUGAUAUAAAGUUUCGCUAUUUACAAAUAUUUCAAUAUUAUAUGAAAAACUGUCGAGGCGAAUGUCGUGAUCAAUUGAUCAGAAUAUUUGAUAGUAAUUUGAACUAGAAUUGGAGGUAACCAAUAUUCGAAAUUUCACUAAGUUAGAAAAUUUUUGGACACAUUUUUAAGUUAAUCAUUGACUAUUUUUGUAUAAAGUUGUGACUCUUAAAUUGUUAGUAUCUCCUAAAUAAAAAUGUGACAAUUUUAAUAACAGCUAUAA